AUGUCAAGCUACACGAAAAACAAAAAACCAGAUCGGGACUUUUAUCGUCAUCCUCGGUACAACGCACCUGACGGAGAUUACGAAAAAUUUAACAAUUCUGGAAAUUAUAGAAACACUGCUGUUCCCUCAACACAGACAUCUAACUACACUAAGGAUAGAAAUGCUUCUUUAAAUCCUGAUCAUUCAGGUAGGAGACCCGCAAAUAGUGGGAGGAAGUAUUACGGCUCUGAGCAUCAACGGGAAAACAGAAAUCAUUCUAAGAGCGAAAGGUUCACAACAGAAACUAAAGAGAGUCCUACAAAUGCCUACCCAAGUUCUACGACAAAACCGUCACCUUAUCAUGGUGAAAGUAGAACGGCUUCAUACAGUGGACAUUUGCAUGCACAGUCAAAGCGAGAGCAUAUAUCAACUUCAGAUGUACCAAAAGCGGGACCGACUAACAGCAGUGUAAUGGAGCAAACCAAGUCAUCCAAUACAGCGGAAAAGCACGGUGGACUUAUUCACUUGCCAAAGAAUGUAGACAUUUUUCAACGAAAUCCCGAGUCCCACAACACCCAAAAUUCGCGAGGUGUUCGGCGUGAUCCUGCUCGGUCUGAUUCAUCUAAGCCAGUUGUCGUUGUUCGUCCAAGUUUCUCCAAUUCACAUCAUAAUGCCAAGCCUAACAAUGCUCGUUAUGAUGUAUCCAGUAGUUCAGACCCGGCAUAUGGUACUACAGCUCAGUGCAAAUUGAAGUCAGAUACUGAUAAUGGUGCAUAUAAUUAUGCUGGGUUUAACUCUUUUACCCAACAACCAUUAACAUCAUCAUCCUCACCAUAUAAUAGUGAUCUUCCUGUUCCAUGGACAGAGGCUGCUAAAGCAGCUUUUCAUCAAUUUUUUAAAAGUCAAACAGAAGUCAACUCAUCAUCUACGUCUUUUCAUGGUGAAAAACCAUUUUCAACAUAUCCCACAGUUAAUCAACCUACUGGUGGUAGUGGUAUAUCUUCAGGACCUGGAAUGGUUCAACCUCCGAAUGAAAUUAUAGCAUCGACUAUGCAACAGAUUGUUCAACUAGACGCCACUCUAUCCGCUUUACUUAUCCCACCUGGAUUAUGCGCUCAAGCUAUGGUUCUGUUUGAACCACUUCAAAAAGAUCCUGAAUUAGACAGAGAAUGGAGUGAACCUGAAGCUCUAUUUCUACGUUGCGUUGUACUAUCAGAUUUAGAUUUUUGUAAUACAGCACAUGUAGAACAAGGAAUGUGGAAAUCUGUAUUCUAUACGGUGUUGGAAUCACUUCGUUCAUGGAUUGAAAAUCCACAGUCAACUCAAUUAAUUCCAAAGUUGCCAGACAGAGAUCAAGAGACCGCAAAACUUCUUGAAAGCCAGUUAACUAGUCUUAUUCGCAAAAUAUGUCUCACUGAAGUUAUCGACUCAGGAACAAAUCAGUUGACUACACUUCUUGAAAAUAUACAAAAUCUUCAUCAUAUUCAAUUAGCUCCACUCUUAUCGGAUGGCCGACCUCCACCGGAGACAAAAUCACGAACACGUCGUUUAGUUUAUUUAAGUGCACAAAAGUUAAUGUUAUUCCUUGGUGAUCUAGCACGAUAUAGAGAAAUGUUACUUGGUGAAAGAAAUUUUGGUAAAGCUCGAAACUGGUAUCAGAAGGCUCAACUCUUAAUACCUAAAAAUGGUCGUUCGUAUAAUCAGUUAGCUGUUUUGGCUUUGUAUACAUCCAGGCAUUUAGAUGCAAUGUUUUACUAUAUGCGCACACUUGCCGCAAGUAAUCCCUUCGCUACAGCAUCACAGAGCUUAUCAGCUCUAUUCAAUGAAAUACGUCCACGUGCACAGAAUAUGAUUAUGCAGUUUCAAAAGCCAAAAUCAGAAUCUGUUCAACCACUUUGCUCGGGUUCACUUCUUGAUGGUCAGACUACUGUUAUUCAAGGUGGACGACGAUUAACACAUUUAAAUCAUAAACCACUUACUGAUAAUCAUAAUAAUAGAGGUUAUAAUACUAGUGGGAUCAAUCACAAGGGUAAACCUGGAUCAAAGUCAACUGCCGAACAGUAUCAACAAUCUGCUGAUGCUGCCGCUGGCGCUGCUGAUAAUGAAGAUGAGGAUGAUGACGAAGAAGCUCAAGCAGAAGCUGAAGAAUAUGCAAAUAUUUCAUUGAUUGAGUUGAGCAAACAAUUCGGUUUGGCAUUCAUACAUGCUCAUGGUAAAUUGUAUACAAAAAUGGCUCAAAAGCCGUGUCCAUUAUCAGCUGAACGUCUGUGUCAACUAUUCGUUGUCAAUAUGUUCAAUGUGGAUCGUGCUGCCUCGAUGACAAAUCAAACAAGCACAUUGACAACUAAUAAUUCUGCGAAGAAUAAAAUGACUACGACUCCUUCUACUACUAUUACUACUACCAAUAAUAAUGAAACGAAGAGUAAUUCUAACCAUCCAACUGGAAUUGACAAUUUCCUACCAUCUUCACGACUAACAGACAUUGAAACACUGCGUUCUGUUCAUCAUGAUCAUGCUGCACGAUUCGCACUGGAUACGUUUAGUUUAGUAUGCAGAAGAGCAGCUCAAUUACUUCAAGAGGCCCCUCCAGAAGAUGCUGGUCCAGGUUGGCUUCAGCCAGAUGCCCGUAUCCUACUGUCUGCACUUUGUCUAUGGACUGAAUGGAUGAUAUUGCAUCCAGAGCAUUGGCUGCCUCCACCAAAUCAUCGUGAUCCAACACUUCGUCCGCAUUUAGAUGAUUGGCAAUUAGUAGCUAGGCUAUGCAGUCAAGCAGCUGCCUGGCUUUCACGUUACCCAUCUACAAGACGACCAAAUUAUGAAGAGAUUACACCGACAACAUCACUUGUUCUUCGACUUAAAGGUGAAAUAUGCAACGAUGAGAAGUUAGAAGAUGAUAUUCGAAAGUUGAGCACGUUUCAAACGCUGCAAGAUGGAAGCUUGUUUAAAGCUACAUUUCUUACUGAAGAAGUAUAUGUCGCUGGCUUUAAGCCAAUGUUAGAUUUAACACCUAAGAUGUAUCAUUACACUGGUAAUUGGGAACCUGAAACUGUUGCUGACUUUGUACGUAUAGAAAAGUUGGUGUUAUUCGGUGAUUAUUUAUGCGGGAUUGAAACACCUGUACUCACGUAUAAUAUUGAUCUUGGCAUCUAUGAGUCUAUUGUACAACGUGAAUCAUCUGAACGAAUUGAAGAUAAACGUGGAGACAGUAAAAUCAGCGGUCGAUUGAAUACUUCAGAUGUCAGUUGUGAAAGUGAUGAUAAAUCUCCUACUGAUGCGGUAUCCAACAAUGACAUAAAGGCGACCUCAGAAGAGGAGGCAGAAACGGAUAUCGCCGCCUUGCAACGACAAAGAGCAUUCCUUCAAAAGCAACUGGAUGAAGAAGCACGUCUGGCAACAUGGCGUCAUAACGCUAUCAGACAAGCAGCAUCUGGUGGCCAGAGAGCAGUAGAAAUUGAAGUUCGACCAAUCUACCUACUACCGGAUACAAAUUGUUAUAUUGAUUGGUUAGAGGGAAUUGCUACAUUGGCACAGAAAUCAUCAAAUUACACUGUCCUAGUUCCUAUUGUUGUUGUCAAUGAACUGGACACAUUAAGUCGAUAUGGUAGUAGUAGUUCCGGUGGUGGAGGUGUCGAUCGACCCUACGAAGUUGUCGGUGGUGAGGUGACACGUGCUGGUCUAAUACAAGAACGUGCAAAACUUGCUAUCGCCUACUUGGAGCAUGAAUUUGAGCAUAGGAAUUCACGUCUGCGUGCAUUAACAGCACGUGGUAGUCUAAUGGAGACAAUUGCUUACCGGAAUGAAAUCAACGGGGGUAGAACACCUGGUCAAACCAAUGAUGAUGUUAUUUUAACGUGUUGUCAACAUUUCUCCAAAGAGGAUGCUGAUCGUUUUCAAAUGCGUAAUCUUGCUCAAUCUCUUCAAGGUGAUCAAAAUAAUCAACCAAUGCGAUUAAUGCGUGAAGUUGUCCUGCUCACAUCAGAUCGUAAUCUACGUCUGAAAGCGUUAAAUGUCAAUAUACCAGCAAGACCAUUACGAACAUUUGUCAGCUGGUCACGUUUACCGCUGAUGACAGUCAAUUCAACGAAUUUAUUGUCAUCCGAUUCACUGAAUUCAUCAGAUAGGCAUAAUAAUAAUAAUGGUAGCAGCAAUAGUAAUAAUAAUAAAACACUGACAGACUUUCCAAAACUUCAACCACGUGGACAAUGGAAACAACCGUUGAAGUAUUGA